UAUAUAUUACUUUAGAAAUACCAUGUUUAUUUACAUAUAUAUCCAUUGAUUGACUCAGCGUCUUGUUUUAAAUUUUUAUAUGACAUUGGUUAACAAUUUUGGAUUUACAUGAUUGUUACAAUUAGCCAUAUACCUGGUAUAUGCAUAACAGGAUUAUAAUACUUAAACAGUUAAAGCAUGGCAGGGGCAGAUCCCGGAACUGAUGUAAGAGGGGAUUUAACUUGGGGCAUGCAACCGGCCUCCAAUCCACAGAGCAUUAAAGCGACUGCGGUUACAACUCGUUACUUGGCUGUACGGAGUAUUGAAAAAAGGACAGAUAAGAUAGCUAGCAAUAUUGAACAAGCAUGUCCUUAAACUUCGAUUACUUUCUGAUAUAAAUGACGGGUUUUUGAUUAAUUGGAAACUGUCCUUAUACUGCACACAUGCAGAAGACGGUAGAGGAAAUGAAAUGUUGUGUCCUAGGAUCUCUGGUUAUCCCAAGCAUCUAACAAGAUGUAACUUAAGUUUGCAUAGUAACAUUAAAAUUGUGUGUGUGUGGAGUUAAACAUUUUGAAUGAAUACAAAUGAAUGUUUGGGUAACGGAAGAACGACGAAAAACCGGUGAGUAAACGAUGGAUAAAAAACAUGAACAAAACGGCAGACAUGUGGAUGUAGGUGAAACUAACAUGACUACCAGAGAAAACAAAGGAUUUGAAUCCGACACUGAAUUAAGUGAAAACUUUCAUAAAAGGAAUGGACAUUUAAACAGUGAUACUGAAGUUUUAGAUGACUUUAGGAAAACAAAUGGAACAUGUGGUGUUAAAUCUUCUGAAUCGAAGACAGAAAUCGUGAAAGGCCCUGAAAGUAGAAAUGGAACAAUCCAACAUAGAGGUGCAGAAGGUUCAGAGUCAGAAGGUUCCACUUCAGGGAAGGGGGAGUACAGGGUGUACUCCUCAAGAUGGUUCAUGCUGUUUAUUGUCUGCUUCCAGAAUGUCACAAAUGCCAUGAUGUGGAUAACAUUCGCUGCUGCAGCGGACACGACAGUGGCAUUUUUUGAGAUCACGCCACUUAAAGUUAACAUGCUCAGUAUGGUGUUCAUGAUUGCGUCAAUUCCGUUCGGGUUUAUCGCAUCCUGGGUGCUCGAUACAUUUGGCCUCAGAGCAAGUCUUAUUCUAUCAGCAUGGCUGACCGGCCUCGGUGGUUUACUUCGGAACCUCAGCACACUGGACAUAGUUCCACGUAACCAUAGUUACACCAUCCUCAUAAUCGGCCAAUCACUGGCGGCCAUUGCUCAACCAUUUAUAAUGUUCACCCCAACGAAACUGGCAGCAUUAUGGUUUCCAGAAAACCGGCGAGCAACAGCCAAUAUGAUUGGAAGCAUGAUGAAUCCUCUUGGGAACAUGCUGACAUUUAUUAUUGUACCUUUAAUUGUGGAAGGGCCAUCAGACAUUCCAUUAGCAUUAUGGGUGGUGUCUGCACCAGCAUUUUUCAUCACCAUAGUAACAACCUUGGGAGUGAGAAGGUCGAGUCCACCGACACCUCCAUCACCAAGUGCUGGCGAGGAGUCGGAGUCAUUUCUGGUUGGACUCAAGACAUUGGCUUGCAGUAAGAACUACUUGGUGUUAAACUUUGCCUUUGGAGUUGGCCUGGGACUCUUUACAGCCCUUGCCACUUUGCUGGAACAAAUUCUUUGUCCAAGAGGAUACUCAGAUGAUUUUGCCGGCCUAUGUGGUGCUUUGAUGAUUGUUUGCGGGGUAAUAAUGUCGGGAGUAGCGGGUGUUUAUGUUGACAAAACAAAACGGUUUGACGAAGUGCUAAAAGUCUCGUUUGCUAUCGCGACACUGGCUGGUAUAGCAUUUACUCAGGUUUCCCGUUUACGUGACCAGCAGGCGUUAGUUGCCAUAACGCUGGCCCUAUUUGGGGGCUUCGGCCUUGUGAUCUACCCAAUCAGCAUGGAGCUCGCUGUUGAGGUCACUUACCCAGUUGCCGAGGCAACCAGCUCUGGACUGUGUAUUGUGUCAGGACAAGUUCUGGCCAUUGCCACCCUUUUAUCCAUGCAGUACAUAGCACAGCCUCUCUCCGGAUAUGAAUCUCAACUGGAAACGGGCUGCCACAUCUCAGAAAACUCCACAGACAACUUUGUACCACAAGACUGGACAUACUCCAAUCUCUUCAUAUUUAACGUGUUCUCCACAGUGGCAGUCGUAGUAACCAUCAUAUUCUUCAAACCUGUAUACCGAAGACUCAACGCAGAAAAGAAGGCUGAACUUUUGGCAAAAACUGUGGCUCAAAAUGAAAUAAGUGUUCGACAUUCUAAUGAUUCAUAUACUAUCAAUUCUUCUGAAGGAAGCACAAAAUUGUAAAUAUCAGCCAAUAUUUAUACGAAUUCACAUAUUAGUGGAUUAUAUAAGCUGAUGUCUGACCAUCUGGGACUUUAUACAUGAACAGUUUAGUAUUUUGCUCAUACUAAUGUCUUAUACAUUACAGUCACUAUCACUUCUCCAAAAGAGCUUCUAGCUUGUAAAUAUCAGCUGUUAUUUAAUGUGUUUUUCAAGAUGCUGUUUUUUUACUGGAAAUAAAAAAUAUAUAAAAAAACAACUCCUGUUUGUAUUUUACAUAAAAAACAUGGUAAUUAUUGGCCAUGCUUUGUCUGAUAUUUUAAUGUUUUAUUUAAAGAUGCACUAUUACUCCCAAAUAAGAUUUAACACAUUUAAUACAAUUGUUUAAAUAUACCAAAAAGGAUGAACAAAUGUCGAAAACAAUGAUUCUUAUGAAGGAUACCGAGUUUAAUUUAAAAGAAAUGUGCAGAAAACACGAUAUUGCUACCUUAUAAGACCAUAGUUAAUCAUAGUAAAUCUUUUAGCAUUCACCAAUGAUUUAAUAUUUUUGCAUUUUCAGCUAUUAAAUACACAGUUAUAAUAUUGUUUAUAAUAAUUAAUAUUUUUCAUAAAUGCAUUAUUUAUUUAAGUAGCUGAGGGUGUAUUACUCAAACUUUAUGUUUCUUACAUGUAUGUGUAUUGAUUUUGAAUAAGAGUGUCACUUUACACAACAAGAUCAUUGAUGACUUUAUGCUAUUACUGGAAUUCCAUAGCUCUGUAUAAAUGUCAGCAAUCUCUUUGAACAAAUUUGUAUGGUGCCCUUCUGUUUCAAUAAUAUGGCUUACAUUGCACACUGCUGCAUGGAGCCACCCUUAUUAAUCAAAGGGAAACAACUUAUAUUUAUAUUGACAUUAUUGUUACUAGGUUGUUUCCCUUGGUUAUGAGUUGUAACUUCAAUCAUCUUUAAUAAAAAUGUAUUAACAUCUACAGUUGCAACAAGUUUAUUUUUGUUAAUUUCAUUUUCUACUAUCAUGUAUGUGAACUGACUAAAGUGCGAUUUUACACAAAUAUGUAUCAAGCUAAUGACAAUAUGGCAGUGAGAUCAUUUUGGUUCGCGACAUAGAUUGAUUACGAUCAUCAUUAAAACAAGCCCCACAGCCCACUGGCUGACAAACUAGCUAAUGAACAACUAUCACUUCAAUAACUCAAGUUAAGGCUUGGCACAAAGGAUGGGAACACAACCAUCAUUUCACAAAUAGACGUUUUUAACAGGACAAGGUUUUUUACUAUAACUAUAUUGGAAAACCAACUCUGCCUCUUGGCCACAGUUUUUUAACCAGACUUCACAGAUUGUACAACUUUUGUUUGGGUCAAAAUAUCAGUGUAAUUACUCAACGCAGAAAAGAAGGCUGAACUUUUGGCAAAAACUGUGGCUCAAAAUGAAAUAAGUGUUCGACAUUCUAAUGAUUCAUAUACUAUCAAUUCUUCUGGAGGAAGCACAAAAUUGUAAAUAUUAGACAAUAUUUAUAUGAAUUCAGAUACAAGUGGAUUAUAUAAGCUGAUGCCACCAUCUGGGACUUUAAUACAUGAACAGUUUUAUAUUUUGCUCAUACUAAUGCCAUGUACAUUACAGUAACUAUUACUUCUCCAAAAGAGCUUCUAGCUUGUAAAUAUCAGCUGUUAUUUAUGGUAAUG